AUGACAGAAUCUCAGAAACUCAGAAUCGCAGAAUCUCCGAAUCGCAGAAUCUCAGAAUGGCAGAAUCUAAGAAUCUCAGAAUCUCAGAAUCUCAGAAUUUCAAAAUCUCAGAAUCUCAGAAUCUCAGAUUCUCAGAAUCUCAGAAUCUCAGAAUUUCAGAAUCUCAGUAUUUCAGAAUCUCAGAAUCUCAGAAUCUCAGGAUUUCAGAAAAUCUCAGAAUCUCAGAAUAUCAGAAUCUCAGAAUCUCAGAAUCUCAGAAUACCAGAAUCUCAGAAUCGCAGAAUCUCAGAAUCUCAGAAUCGUAGAAUCGCAGAAUCUCAGAAUCGCAGAAUCUCAGAAUCGCAGAAUCUCAGAAUCGCAGAAUCUCAGAAUACCAGAAUCUCAGAAUCGCAGAAUCUCAGAAUAGCAGAAUCUCAGAAUAGCAGAAUCUCAGAAUCUCAGAAUCGUAGAAUCGCAGAAUCUCAGAAUCGCAGAAUCUCAGAAUCGCAGAAUCUCAGAAUCGCAGAAUCUCAGAAUACCAGAAUCUCAGAAUCGCAGAAUCUCAGAAUAGCAGAAUCUCAGAAUAGCAGAAUCUCAGAAUGCCAGAAUCUCAGAAUCGCAGAAUCUCAGAAUCUCAGGAUCUCAAAAUCUCAGAAUCUCAGAAUCGCAGAAUCUCAGAAUACCAGAAUCUCAGAAUCGCAGAAUCUCAGAAUAGCAGAAUCUCAGAAUAGCAGAAUCUCAGAAUGCCAGAAUCUCAGAAUCGCAGAAUCUCAGAAUCUCAGGAUCUCAAAAUCUCAGAAUCUCAGAAUCGCAGAAUCUCAGAAUACCAGAAUCUCAGAAUACCAGAAUCUCAGAAUCGCAGAAUCUCAGAAUAGCAGAAUCUCAGAAUCGCAGAAUUUCAGAAUGCCAGAAUCUCAGAAUCGCAGAAUCUCAGAAUCUCAGGAUCUCAAAAUCUCAGAAUCUUUCUCUCAAAAAUUUCAAAAAUCCUAG